AUAUUUCGAGUUAAAAUGAAGUCGAUUUUAUGUGUUGCUUUGAUUGCUCUUGCAACCUCAAGCUCAAUUGCUGUUAAAAUCAAAGGUUCAUGUCCUAAACCAGAGCCAGCCAACCUUGAUGAUUGGACCUUUCAGCACUAUCUAGGCGAUUGGAAGGUUUUGGGUCGAACUGAAGAAACCAAACCAAAUUCAGUCUGGAAUAAUCUUCAAAUUCGUCAUCAUUAUCCUGGAAAAGUUGUCAUGAUUGAAUGGGGUGAUGCUCGAGACACUCAUGUUAGAUCACAAUGGGACAAAUACAUGGACAUGAUUAUUGGCGAUUUUGGUGGAGAAUCAUAUUAUGAUGUUCAUGACUAUGAAUUUGAUCCAUACUCAUUCAACUACACCACUUCAGAUGGUCAUCCAGGACAAAUUUGGAUGCCUUAUUAUGGUCGUCCCAAGUAUGCUGAAGCCGUCUUAGCAAGUUGUGUUAAAAUUGAUGAAUCAACUGUUGAUGUCAAAGCAUGGUUCGUUUCAAUGAGCACAGGAGCUUCACCAUCAGAUGAAGUUAAAAAUAUCAUGCAAUCAUUGACUGGACAAGAAUAUCGUACCGUCUGCCAAGGAAGCUUCUGUUAACUCAUUCGCACAGAAUA